GACGAUUUUGUUCAUUUUUGGAUAAUGUCUUGAAGGUGUUCAGCGGAACAUUUUGUCCUGCGACACCUUUCACCGAAAAAAUCUCCAUCUUAAUUUUUUUAAGGUAAAAGGACUGAAUUUCCACCCGAUUUGGUCAAUUACAAUUAUAAUUAUUGAUUUUUUAAGCAAUCUCUUCUUAAAUAAUUUUACAUUUCGUCCUUAGACUAAAACACCGUUGAAUCAUUCCUAAUAACGAUUUUUCAAGGUCAAAGGUUAAAAAGACACUAGAGAGCGCAUUUAUUAAGCGAAUGGGGUCAUGUUUGGGCUCUUUGGAAAGGUCUUGGAAUUUUCUAUAAAACUAAACUGGUUCCAAUCAGUUCUGAACCGGGUAUGAACCGGUUCAUAGUCGAUAACUAUUUUUCAUCCGAAAAUUAAUUCUAUUUACUUUUAAAACAAUUUUGAAAGAUCUUUUGAAUGAUUUAUGAAUCGGUUCAAAUCGGUUGAGUACCGGUGACUGAUAAACUAUGCAAAAGUACUUUUGAGGUAUACCAUCUAAGUCACGAGUUCGAACAUUUUACAGAGCCUGACUUUGCCACCCCUUUACUUCAAUAUGGUUUUAUGAUGAUUUAUAAACUAAUUUAAAUCGACAUUAAUCUUAUAAUGCACUCGAAAAAAUUUCGAAAAGGAAUAUAAGGCAGAGCUCCUUUGCGAGAGUACGAGAAGCUCACAAAUUUUGGACGCUAUUUUUCAACGCAUCAAAAAAUAUUUAAUUCAAGUUCUUAAUCAUAUGAAAGUAAAAUAUUUAAAAAAAUAUAUUUUCUGAAUUUUUUUUUUAAACAUUUUAAAAAUUAUUUUCAAGUUGUUUUCUUUUCGAAAUUAAACUAACUUUGCACUUGACAAGAUUACUCAGGGGACUCAGGGUUUAUGUGAAGUAAAAAUAUCAAAUAUUUCAUGUUAGAAGAUUAGUUAGACUCAUACUUGGGCGAAGGACGUUUUGUUUUACUAAUGGCAACUUACUUUUCAAGACGAAAUGCGAGGUACGCCAAAAAUAGCAAUUUUGUAUAAAAAUUUUCGCAAAAAUCUGAAUUUCUAUAAUUUCAAAAUUCCUUCGUUCAAGCACGAGGAGAUAAAUCUACUCUGAGUAAUCUUGUCUAUCGUAAAGUAUAAGCUUUUCCAAAAAAAGACCUCCGAAAAUCUGGUUCUAACGGCUGAAUUUUUAAAUAAAAUUUCGGAAAAUAUGUAUUGUUUAAAUGUUGUAUGUUGUACUUUUAAAUGCUUAAGAGCGUUAAUUAAAUAAUUUUAUUAUUAUGUUAAAAAGCAAUAUAUUCUGCUUUCUAGUCGUCUCGUUCUACGUAGGGAAGACCAGGGUAGAUUGGUCAGCGAUAGAAUUAGAUAAUGGGAUUUUAUAGUUUUUUCUCGAAAGGAUAUUGAGCAAACUAAUAUUUAUUCAGAGUAAUUAACUCCCUUCCUAGGGGGAAAUGGGGCUGAAAUGCAACUGGACAUUACCGUGAUAUAAUUUUGCUUCCUAUACCAAUUGUGAAGCUAAACUGUAUGAUAACAAGGCUAUUUAAAAAAUCAGUUCUAUUUCAAAUAGUACUCAAUUUUAAAGCUUCCCCAAUUCAAAGGUGCCCCACUUCAAAGAAAAAUUUCAGUUGCUGGCUAAUUCUGCCCCGGGCUCCCACCCAUAAUAAUAAAUGAUUUAUUAGAUUUUGAAAAAUCACUAUAAUUGCUUGUUAUUUAGGAUUUCAAGAUAUUCGGGAAUUGGGAUCUGUCUUCAGUCUGGAAUACGUGUAAGCCAUUCAGAAUCGGCCAGGUGAAAUUUGGGAAACCAUAAAUAAAAUGAGGAAAAAAUCUAUUAAAAAAGGUCAUAUGGAAUACUAGGGAAUUCGGGGAUCACAUAAAUAAAAAUUUUCGGGAAACCCGGAAUCCCAAUCCUUUUAUAUUAUGAGUUACCCCUUCCUGCCUUACAGAAAAUCAAUCUGUGAAUAAACAUCGUUUGCAGUGUUUAAUCUUAUUUUCAUAAUGAUAAGGUUGCUAUCAGUCGUUCUUAUAUAUCAUAAGAGUGAGACUAGGAAAUAGAAAUUGUUAAAAAAUACGCUUAGUCAGUCUACUAGUGGAGGUUUAAGUACUCAGUUACCUUCAAAAUUAUGAAGUGGAAGAGACCUGAAACAGUUGAGUUUCCCAGAGUUUGGUGGAGAUUCAAAGCCAAGGAUCCAGAAUCUGGACAGACGGUUGACUAUCGUAUUGAGGAUCUCACUGAAGAUCGAUACGAUGAGGUUGUAGACCUCAUGAUUAACUGCUUUGUUCCAGAUGAAAUCAUGAGUAAAUCAAUUGGUACUGCUGAUGAUAAAGUAUCAAUGGCAGAAAUGAGAGGUUUUUGGAAAGAAUCCAUGCCCAAUAAGCUAACUUUGGUUUGUUACAAGGAAGGGUCUACUGAAAUAUGUGGACUGAAUAUCCUCGAAGUUGUUGAGGAGUCCAGUACAUCAGCAGAUGAUUUGUCCGCGAUCAAGGGAAAGUGUUUUCGACAGAUUUUUUCAGUGUUACUUCUCCUGAAGAAGAAAGCAGAUGUGUAUCGUCGUUAUAAAGUAGACAAGUACCUUCAUGGACUUGGCCUUUUGACCUUACCCAAAUACCGAGGAUGUGGAAUUGCUACUGAACUUCUCAAAGCUCGAUUUCCUUUGAUGAAGGCUAUGGAUUUAUCUCUAACGUGCACAUUAUUUUCUGGACCUGGAUCUCAAGGAGCAGCACGAAAAGCCGGUUUCACUGACGAUGUGGUAGUUACAUAUGAGUCUUUGGGCAAGGAUGAACCCUUUGUGACAUUUCCCAACAUCUCUUGGCCAGUUGUAAAGUUCCAAUGCUAUUAUCUAAAAUAAAUUGGAUGAUGGACACAGUUA